GAGCUGCGCUGGUUCGCCAGUGGAGCCUCCAGCACGGAGCGCGCACGCAUGUCCCGCGGAUUCUUUUUGCGUGGAGCCCCAGAUAAGGAGCCCCCACGUUUGGGAAUGACAGCCGCUGUCACUGUGAGUGACAGCUUUCACUCUGGCCCGCUCCAUUGAUCCACCGAAUUUCUCUGACGGCUUGCCACAUCCAACUUCAAUCCGAACCGGAUCCACCACAGACCGGGACUAUGCCAGAGAUGGAGAAAGGGAGACCGCCAGAAAGUAAACGCAGCAGGAAACCCGCGCAUCCCGUCAAGAGGGAAAUAAAUCAGGAGAUGAAGACUUUUGCAGAAAGCACGAUGAACGAGCUUCUGGGAUGGUACGGCUACGACAAAGUAGAUCUCCGAGACGCCGAGGCCAACGAGAUCAGGAAUUACAGGGAGAGGCGGCAGCAUGUGUCCGUGUUGAAAGAAAACUCAUUGCCAAAACCCAAAAACGUGGACAGCAAAGUCAGUCACUCGGUCCUCGCGAUGAAGAGCGUUGAGAGGGAGUCAUUCGGCGUUCCUUCGUCUUCCUCUUCCUCCUCAUCAACAAACACCUCCUCAAGAACGCCCAUGGAGCAAAAGAGCGCGCCCGUUAUCGUGCCGCUCAUAAAGCCGUCAGCAGUGGAUGACGUGCAGAAUGUGCAGAUAGUGUGUGUUUGGUGCCAGAAGGAAGGUGUCAAGCGCUACUCUCUAUGCAUGGGCUCCGAGCUCAAGAGCUUCUGCAGCGAGAAGUGUUUCGCCGCCUGCAGACGGGCUUACUUCAAGCGCAAUAAGGCCAGAGAUGAAGACCUCCAUGGGGAGAGAUCGCCCCAGCACUCCCAUACGGAGGACUCACCCAGGCUGGUGAUGAAGAUAAACAGCAACGUCAGAUCUCUUUCUCCUGUGUUGCAGGUGUGCGAUUGGUGUAAGCAUGUCCGCCACACCAAAGAAUACCUGGAUUUCGGAUCGGGUGAAGAGCGACUCCAGUUCUGCAGCACCAAAUGCCUGAAUCAGUACAAGAUGGAUGUGUUCUACAGAGAAGCUCGAGCGGCUCUUACAUGCUCAAGCCCAGCCAGAGCUGGCCAAGAGGGGAGAUCAGACCACAAUAUUCUCGGGCAAAACCUUCUCACGCCAGAGUCUUGGAACAACACGAGUACCACAGGGGAAGCGCAUCAAAGAAACAUAUCUCCCAAGGGCCCGACACCAAUCCUGGGAUCAUCAGAAUCAUCCUCCGGGUCGCCAUCAGAGACAUCAUCUUCUUCUAAGCUUACUGUCACUGGGCAGAGAACUCUAGAAAGGCCCAUUCACCCUCCUCCACCUUCUGCUGCUCUAGAGGUGUCACCUCACCCUACACUUAUUCCUCCUCCUCUUCCACGCCACCCACUAGAACAUCCGCGGAUGCCUCAAAUGCAAAUGCCCUUCAUUAGACCUCCUCUUCAUGCCCAGGGCCUCAGAAGCCCCCUAGCUAAUGCCCACCAUCCAAGACCCUCUGGUUCUUCAUCCAGUCCUAUCCACAGACCUCCUCAGUCUCCACACCUGCAGCCUCCCAAUCCCUCCUCCGUUAACCCCCCAGGCUUGAUGCAUCCUCUCCCUCGGCCCUAUUACCCUGGCUUACACUCUCCUCCACUUAUGUUACCCAGAGGCCCUGUGCCAAUGCCUCCCUUAAUGAACUUUGCCAUUCCUUCCUUUAGUCCUCUUCUACCCCAGCCCACUGUCCUGGUACCGUACCCCAUUAUUGUUCCUCUACCUGUCCCAAUACCCAUUCCGAUACCAAUUCCAGUCCCCUCCAAAACAAACCACGAAACCCCAAACCACACUGGUGUUAUACAGCCUGUGCCAGAGGCAACAGACAGAUGUAGAUCCAUACCAGCAAGGUUUCCAUCCCCCGGGAACCCUGAAGGGAACGGCCAAUUGUUAAACCACAGAUUGAGUGGAAACUUGCCUCAUGGUCUCCCUUCACCCAGUGACUCCAAUUCCAAGGACAUCGGUUGGGUUAAAUCAGAGAGGCCAUUUUCAUCCCCAUCGUCAACGUGCCACAGUGGAACAUUAUCUCCCAGAGCCCAGUACAACACAUCACCCUCCUCAACACGCAGCUCAGAAGGACUGACGGACUACAAACAACAACAGCACUCAGAACGACAAGUUAUACAAUGGGUUCUACAGAGAUCCCAGGUGAAGCUAGAACCCAACGUCAAAGCAGUAGUGGACUUCUCAGGGCUAGAGGAGUCAGGGUCUGUGCAGGGUACCAAAUCAGGCCCACCUCCACCAACACAGCCCCCUUCGCUUGACACUGUAUACCAACAUAAGGACAGCCACACCUCACCUUCACACACUCCAAGCCCUAAAGUGAACAACCACUCAUAUGAUGCCAAGGCUUCUGUCCUGAAAUCUCAGAACCAUGGUCCUAAUGGGAUUUCCUCAGUGCUAUCCAUAGCCAGUCCGGGCUCACCCUUACCCCAGAGACCACCCGCACCUACAGAGCCCGCACUAACCGAGAUGGAAUCUAUAAAAGAAAACAAGUGCUCAGUUGUCUGCUCUGUACGGGUUGAGGGCCCAGUUAAUCAGACAGAGGAGCCUUCAACAGCCAGUAGGGAUACAGGAGAAGACCCACACUUGCCAGACGAGGACCACGCCUAUGCCCUACCUACCGCACAAAAGACAGGUGGGACCACCACCCCACUACUCUUGCCCAAACUCAGGGACAAGGGUAGUUUAAGGAGCCCUGCUAAUAUGCCCAGUGCUGGAGACAUGGAGCCAGCUUUGAAGAGGAGAUGCCUACGAAUCCGUGAUCAAAACAAAUAAAAGAGUGGAUGAAGAGCACCCCUGUUCACCAACGUAUGGCAGUGCCAGAUUCAGUACCCCGCCCUCGUGUGGACGGCGCCAGUGCUAACACCAUCCCGCCUGCUCGCCACAGCCCACCGGUGUUGCCUAGCCUGUGGACCAGCAGGUAGCCAAAGCAGGAAGCCCAGAUGGCCGCACGAAGUCUACAUGCGGGGGAGUGGGAGGAGGGAGGCGGGGACCAAAGAAAAAUGUCAAAGGCUAGUUUGCUCUGUUGUGUCCAAGGACUGUUUGAUAUGGACCAUCUUUUUUUGACAUCUUGUUAGACUAUCCCCGAAAGUGUGUCGAUGUUUGUGCACUCGUCUUCCUCAACCCCCCUCCCCCCCUCCUCUCCCGACUCCUCGCUCCACACUGCAGACAGGGCAGCGAUCAGCCCUGUGUGGUCUUCUCAGAUGGAGCCUGAAUAUGAUCUCUUUCCAGGGGAAACGGCUUGUUUUCUCUGCCCAGCUUGCACAAAGAGCCACAUUGUUCCUCUCCCCAUAUACCACACCGACUCCCCGAUCCAGGUUUUGGGUUACCUGACCGACGUGGGCUCAGACUUCAGGAGGAGGGUUUUAUUUUUAAUUUUUUUUUUUUUUGACCAACAGCUAGAAAUAUAGGAUAACCUUCUCUCGUCCAUCUCAUUACCCAAUCCAAACAAACUAACAUUUGAGUUCUGAGCUUGCUGCCUUUCAGAGAGGGGGGUGAUAUUUUUUUUUAAUCAUCACAGAGGAAUUUGGGGUUUAAAACUGAUGACUGAGCAGUGUGAUAAGAUGUCUGAAUUUGACUCCUGUAAAAUAAUGUAUAGAAAGCAGAGAUUAUGAAAGGGAUUGCCUACUGGUACACAGUAGCUUGCGAUGGUAUGUGAUCACUCUCGUGGUCCCGAUGAUGCUGGUCCAUAAAUGUUGUUUUACCCUUUCAUGCACCCUGUAACCUGAUCACAUGAUAAGCUGUCCACUGUAGUAAUCGCUGUCCCUGAAAGGGUUAAAGACACGGCCCGUCGACUUUCACCUGAUUUGUUUAGGUGUCCAUUUGACCACAUUUCCUUCCUUGACAACCGAGGAAAUAAUGACUGUUUUUGUUCAUGGAGCAGAAGAAUUUUUGGGGGGAUGGAGCAGAAUAAUGCUGCCUUCAGGAGCUGUGCGCAUGUUGCUCAACUUCCCGCAGUUGAUGUCCUGGUGCACUUCAUUACUUGAUUCCACAGCGCCUCUGCUGGUUACAGCCAAGUAAUGCAUUCGCCUUAUUUGCCUCAAGAUGUGAUUAAUAAUCAACAAUCAAAUUCAAUCAAUCAUCCUUUUCUACUAAGAAUACCCUAAUGGGACAAAGUGAGCGAUAGAUCCUGCCUUUAAAAAAAAAAGGCUCUUAUCUGAUGAUUCCAGAAAAUAGCAGGCUUGUAAUUGUUACCAAGUGCGGUGUUAUAUUAAACCAUCAAAUGUUGUACUACACAGCGAUCAGUAUUACAGUUCUCUCUUUUGGGAACACAUCCUGAGAUUUUAUCGAGCUAGAUGCUACUGGAUGUCCAACACUUUUUUUUUUUUUUUUUUUUUUUUUUUUUUGCUAACUGAUCAUAGAGAUAUAAGAUUUUUGUUCUAAUAGCAUAUGGGUGAGACUCAUGGGUUUAAACAAAAGUGAUUUUCCUCAAAUUAUCAAGCCAUUGAAUCUCCAUUGUGUUUAUGCAGUUGAGUCAAACGUAUAAAUCUGACCUCCUGUAAUCUAACUCUAUACUGCAUCCCCACUAGAGAGCAGUGUAUGCUUUGGAAAUGUUACUAUAUGCCUGCCUGUUUACAUUGAGACAAUACCAGGAACGUCAAAAAUGCCACCAGACUGACAUUACAUGCCAAAUACAUUUUCUGCUAUGCCAUUAUUUUAUUUAUCCUACCCAUAAAGCACUAUCACAUGAAGAAAAAAAAAUGCACAAGCGUGUCAUCCUAUUUGAUGGGUCAAGAAGCCAACUCAGAAUAACCAUAUCCAAAUGUGACCCCCACCUGUGCCAUCAUUCCAGAACUACAUCCACUUAUGUGUGCUCGUCCGAGUGUAAGCAUGCAACCCCCGUCACAUCACCCCCCCCCCCACACACACACACACACACUCAUUCAACCCGCCACGCUCACCACCACAGGUCACGCCAUUAUUACUGGAAGUCAUCCUUGGCUGGCCAGGGGACUUGGACAACAGCUUGUGUGAGUCACAAAAAAAAAAAAAACAGAACUCUAGUCUCACACCAUAGGAUUAAAAA